GCUCGUGAUGUUCACUUCCAUAUUGUGUCGUCUGCUACUAUGCUUAUGAAUAAUAAUAAGUGUAUGUAGUAGUGUCAAGUGUGUCUGCUUAACGCAUUUGAGGUGAUUUGUUCAGAAUUUUGAAUUGCCAUAACUUUUAGCCUAAAUAUUGAGUUAAAUGACUGCUAAAUUAAAUUCAUCAAUUUUUUACAGAACAAUGGCACUGCACAGGAUGCUCAAAACUAAUUGUGUUGUGCAUUUAAAAUGUUGCAAUAACAGUUCCGCCAACAGUAAUUCAGAAAAGGCACAGAAAAUGAUAUUAUUUUGGGAAAAUGAGAUGGUUCACAAGACUAACUUGCAGUAUGAUGUGUUGAGUGAAGAAGAAAAAAUUAUUCACAAUAUGCAUGACGAAGCAGUAAGAAAAGGACAUUUCACCUAUAAUGAUCCCAUAACAAAUGAGAGGAUUUUGACAAGACUACGACACUAUCUGCGGGGGAAAUGUUGCGGUAACGCUUGCCGACAUUGUGUAUACGACCAUGAAAAUGUAAUUGAUGAAUACAAGUUACGAGUACGAACAUUCAACACGUCAUUUUGGACAUAUCCUCCUGUAGAGAAGGAUGUUGAGUUUGAUGACUCCUGUUACUUUGAUGGAACCAAUCUGAAAGUUCAAACGAACAGACGUUCCGCAAGCACAACUUUUGAAUUUAGUGCAAGAUAAGUUUAACUUUUAAUUGUAGCAUGUAAAUUUUUGUAAAUAUAGGUUACAGAAAAUCA